CGUGUAUGAAUCAUCAAUUAUCCUCUUCAACACACGCACGUGAUUAAAUUAUUGUAAAUUAAAUUAAAGUUUGCCCAAAGGGGAAAAAAAUUCACACCUGACAAUUCAAAUGACAUCAUGUCAUCAUCAUCAUCAUCAAGUUCAAAUCUUCCAUCAACAUCAACAUCGAUUAUACAACAACAACAACAAGACGCUCAACAAGAUCAACAUCAAGAACCAUUAGCAGAUUCGAAUGAAAUAUUAUCGAUGACGCCUGAACCACCGCCAUCAACAGAUUCAACAAUAAGAGAAAGUGAUGAUGUUGUUGUCGAAAUUAUAGAACCAAUACCAGCAUUUUUAGAUUCAACAUCACCAAAUCGUCGUUAUCGACAACGUUCAUUAAGUUAUUUACCAUAUAAACGUAAUAGUGAACGGCGUUUACAAAAAUUUCGUGAUGCACAAAAAUUUCGUCAUAAAACAUUGAAUCGUACGGCAUCAACCGAAUCAUUAAUCAAUCAUAAUGAUGAUAAUCAAAAUAAUCAGAAUCAUCAAAAUCACCAUCAUCAUCAAAAUGAUAUUCAAACGAUAAAUCAACAACAUCUACAAAAUGGUGGUGGUGGUGGUAUUGAUGCAAAUAAAACAAUAACAUCGGUUAUAUCAAUGUCAUCGACAAUAUCACAUUCACAUGUACGACGAAUGUAUCAUCAAAAAAGUCUUGGUUAUGAAGGUCUGGAUUAUGAUAUCUGUGAAAAUAUGUUACAUUUAGAAGAAGAGAAUAAUGCUCGUCGAAAACGUCUUGGAAAUAAUUAUCUAGAAUUCACAAGAUGGUUGGUUAUAUUUUUUAUCGGUGCAUUAACCGGCCUGACUGCAUGCGCAAUUUUAUUCAGUGUUGAAAUAUUGACCAAUUAUAAAUAUGAAAAAUUAAUGGUAUGUUUUGUAAUUGAUUUUCAUUUAUCUUCAAUUCUUGAUUUUUUCGUUUUUCCACAGCAUUUACUUAAUUCAUCAAAUCCAAGUUCAAUGAUAAAACCAUAUCUUCUGUGGUUAUUAACUAAUGGUAUACCAGUAUUUCUUGGUUCAUGGUUGGUUACUUAUAUGGCACCAGUUGCUGCCGGUUCUGGUAUACCGGUUAUAAAAUGUUAUCUUAAUGGUGUUAAAGUUCCUGAAGUUGUACGUGUUAAAACAUAUUUUGCUAAAAUGAUUGGUGUUAUUUGUUCGGUUGUUGGUGGUUUGGCUUGUGGAAAAGAAGGACCAAUGAUACAUUGUGGUGCAACAAUUGCAGCCGGUAUUUCACAAGCAAAAUCAACAACAUUUAAUUUAAAUUUUGAAAUUGGAUUAUCUCGAUUUCGUGAAGAUCAUGAAAAACGUGAUUUUGUUUCAGCAGGAGCUGCUGCUGGUGUUGCAGCUGCAUUUGGUUCACCAUUAGGUGGUGUCCUAUUCGCCCUGGAAGAAGGUGCAUCAUUUUGGAAUCAACAACUUGUAUUGCGUAUAUUUUUCUGUUCAUUAGUUUCAUCAUUUACAUUAAAUUCAGUUGUAUCCGUAUUCAAUGGUGAACGAAUGGGUAGUCCUGGUUUAUUAAAUUUUGGAAAAUUUCAAGAUAUUGAUUAUAGUUUCUAUGAAAUACCAUUAUAUGCUGCUAUGGGUGUAUUUGGUGGUAUAACCGGUGCAUUAUUUAAUUUAUUUAAUAUGAAAUUAACAAUAUUACGACAACGAUGGCUGGAAAAUCGAAAAAUGUUACGUGUUUUCGAAGCCAUCCUGGUAUCAUUAUUAACAGCAUCAAUUGGAUUUGCAUUAAUGAAUGUUUGGAGUGAAUGUACACCGGAAACAACUGAACAAACACAUUUUCCCGUAACGUAUGGUUGUCCAAAAGGACAACAUAAUGUUAUGGCAGCAUUAUGGUUUAAUACACCUGAAGCAACAUUAAAAAAUUUAUUCCAUAAUAAAGAUGGUGCAUGGAAUGUACGAUCAUUAACAAUAUUUGUAAUAACAUAUUUUUUUAUAUCAUGUGUUACAUAUGGUCUUUCAAUAUCAAGUGGUCUAUUUAUACCUGGAUUAAUGUUGGGUGCAACAUGGGGUCGUUUAAUUGGUAUUGGAUUAUCUAAUCUAUUACCAAAUGAAACAUGGAUACAUUCAGGAAAAUUUGCAUUAAUUGGUGCAUCAGCUAGUCUUGGUGGUAUUGUUCGUAUGACUAUAUCAUUAACUGUGAUAUUAAUUGAAACAACUGGUAAUCUUUCAUUCGGCCUACCUAUUAUGAUUACAGUUUUUACUGCCAAAUGGAUUGGUGAUCUUUUCAAUGAAGGUAUUUAUGAUAUUCAUAUUGAUUUAUCGAAUGUACCAUUUCUUGGUUGGCAACCACCAUCUGAUUCAUCCAGGAUAUUUGCAUCAGAAGUAAUGCAUAGUCCUGUUACAUCAUUACAAGUAAGGGAAAAAGUACAAAAUAUUGUUGAAAUUCUAUCAACAACACAUUAUAAUGGUUUUCCUGUUGUUGAUGAAAAUACUAUACAUCAAGCUGUACGAACAUUUGGCAGAUAUCGUGGUCUAAUUUUACGUUCACAAUUAUUAGUUAUGUUAAAAGCACGAAUAUUUCAAGAAUAUUCAUUAGAUCAACCAUGGAAAAAUCUAAAUUCAUUAUUUCGUAAUUCAUAUCCACGUUAUCCAAAUUUACAACAAAUUAUAAAUGAAUUAACGAAUGAAGAAUUACAAAUGACAAUGGAUCUAAGACCAGUAAUGAAUCCAAGUGCCUAUACAAUUAGUCAUGCUGCAUCAUUAAAUCGUAUAUUUCGUUUGUUUCGUGCACUUGGCCUAAGACAUAUUGUUGUUUUAAAUGAUUAUAAUGAAGUUAUUGGUAUUGUAACACGUAAAGAUUUAGCAUUUUAUUGUACGGUUCGAUUUGCUAAACAUUAAC